AUGGGUGAGCACAACAGAACCUCAGUGAUAGAAUUCAUCUUCCUGGGCCUCUCACAGGACCCACAGACCCAAGCCCUGCUCUUCUUCCUCUUUCUCCUCAUCUACCUGCUCACGGUGCUGGGAAAUCUGCUGAUCAUUAUGCUCAUCCACUCAGACCCCAGACUCCACACUCCCAUGUACUUCUUCCUUAGGAACCUGUCCUUUGCCGAUCUCUGCUUUUCUACCACCACAGUUCCCCAGGUGCUUGUCCACUUCCUAGUGAAGAAAAAGACCAUUUCUUUUGCUGGAUGUUCAACACAGAUUGUCGUGUUACUUCUGGUUGGAUGCACAGAGUGUGCACUCCUGGCAGUGAUGUCCUAUGACCGGUAUGUUGCUGUCUGCAAGCCUCUGCACUACCCCACCAUCAUGACACACUGGGUAUGUGUCCAGCUGGCUGCAGGGUCCUGGGCCAGUGGUGCAUUUGUGUCCAUGGUAGAUGCCACCUUUACUUUGCGUCUCCCUUACCAAGGAAGCAAUGUCAUUAACCACUUUUUCUGUGAACCUCCUGCCCUUCUGAAGCUGGCUUCAGCAGACACCUACAGCACAGAAAUGGCCAUCUUUGCAAUGGGUGUGAUAAUCCUCCUAGCUCCUGUCUCCCUCAUCCUCAUUUCCUAUUGGAACAUCAUCUCCACUGUGAUCCAGAUGCAGUCUGGGGAGGGGAGGCUAAAGGUUUUCUCCACCUGUGGUUCCCACCUCAUUGUUGUUGUCCUCUUCUAUGGCUCAGGAAUAUUUGCCUACAUGAGACCAAACUCCAAGAUAAUGAAUGAAAAAGAUAAAAUGAUUUCAGUGUUCUAUUCAGCAGUGACCCCCAUGCUGAAUCCUAUCAUUUAUAGCCUGAGGAACAAGGAUGUUAAAGGAGCUCUCAGGAGAAUAACUGUAAAAUAA